CUUGGGAAACGGUGAACGGCAGAACAAAUUGCAUCACAAGAAGCGAGAGGGACAAGAACAUAGGAGAGAGAGAGGGAGAGAGAGAGGGAGAGAGAGAAAUUCGAGUGGGCAGUGUAGAGAGAGAGAAAGGAAGAAGUUUGAGAUUUCUGAAGUGGGUUUUGUGAGAAAAAGUUGUGGGAGAGAUUUAUGCCGGCAGGGUCUGAACUGAGUUUGAUUGGGGCUCCAUUGAAGCUCUGGCUCUCUUGUUCUUCUGUGUUCUUUGUUCUUUGCAUGCAACAACAACUUCUCUGUGUUCAUCAGGAGAGCACCAACCUGUUUUUCCCAACUGUUUCGAUGCGUUUGAGGCCAAAAAGGACUUGUUCUGGAGUAGUGUAUUUUGGGGGUUUUCACAUAAAGCGAUGUUUCUAUCUCUUCUUGUUCUUAAGAGGGCCUCUUACUUGAUACACCCCUUUUCCUGAGAGAAUUUGUUGCUCUAUAUCAUUUCUUCUGUGUUUUUCUUUUCUUUUCUUCCAAACACAGUUUUUCUGGUAUUUUCUGAGUAUAGAUUAAUAGAAAAUGCCAGAGCCUCGUAAACAGCCACCAUUGAAUCAAAAUAACCUCUGCAAAAAAUCAAAGAGCAGAGCAAACUCUGUUCAAGCCACCAAAACCAUGAGAAAAAUUCGGAUAAUUAAUUAUGAUCCAUACGCUACUGAUGCAUCAGACGAUGAACGAAUCUAUGAGGGACCAUCCCUUAAACGUAUUAUUCGAGAGAUUAAGAUUCCAAUUGAUACUUCUCAUGGACCAACCAAAUCAUCCAAACCUUCUAAGAGUCCAGAAAUGGAGAGUUCAUGUCAAGAUAGCAACAAUGGCGAAAAACCCUUGAACGAGACGAAGGUUUUGAGGAAAAAUCCAAACCCAAGUUCAAAACGACGACGACCGUCUUCAUCGAUGUACAGGGGAGUUAGGCAGCGGAAAUGGGGCAAAUGGGCGGCAGAGAUUCGAGACCCAUUUCAAAGGAGGAGGAUUUGGUUGGGGACUUAUGAUACUCGUGAGGACGCAGCUAAGGCAGUUGAUAUGAAGAGGCUUGAAUUUGAGUCUAUGGCCUCCUCAGAAUUUGUCUCUCAGCCUUGUGAUCAAAACCACCCUGCUGUUUCUGAGGACUCUGGGAGUGUGGUGUCUCACACAUCCCCUUCUUUGGUUCUUGAUUUGGAGUCUUUGACCUCUGCCUCAACUUCACAAAUCAAUGGAAAAUCUGAUAUGUUUGAAGAUGUUUGCAUGGAAAAAAUUCUUGAUAAUGUUGGUGUGGAGGCCAAUGGAGUUGAGGGGCAGGUUGCUGAUGCGGUUUUGUUGGAUGAUUCUUCACUGCUGGCUGAGGUUGGGCAAGGAUUGAAUUUGGGGAUGGAGCUUGAUUCGCUGUUUAUCGAUGAUUUUGGGCAGGCUCUUGACGAUUUUUGUGGACUUGAUGACCUCCAAAUUGUUGGGUUUGAGGAUGAUGGCCCGUGUGAUCUGCCUGAUUUUGAUUUUGAUUUCAAUUUGGAGGUUGGGAAUGAAGUGUUGGCUUGGAUGGAUGAACCAGCUCCCAUUGUGAAAGAGCCACUCAAUAUUGCAUGCCUAUGAGUUUUGAAAGCUAGUAGGAAUUAGUAUUAGUAAUUCACAAUUAAAUUAUAUAGUUCUGGAGAGUAUCUCAAGAACAGUAAGCUGAAGUUCUUGAAAAAAGUUUUGUUCUGAGAGUUUAUUUGUUUGUUUGUUGAGAGAGAGAGAGAGAGAGAGAGAGAGAG